AUGCCGCCGUCAAGCGCGUCUGAGUCCACAAUGAAGAUUAAAGGAACAAAACGAAAAAUCGAAAUCAAGAAACGAGAAACCAAACAGCAACGAGCCGUGGCUUGCUCUAAACGCCGUCAAACUGUCUUUUCCAAAGCGGCCGAUCUCUAUCAUCUCUCCGGAGCCAACAUCGCCGUAUUCGUAACCUCUCCCUCAGAGAUCUCCGACGUUGUUUACUCCUUCUCCGGCUACUCUCCUGCCCACGAGAUCGCUGAUUGUUACCUAAAUCGCAAGUCACCUCCUAAGAUUGAAGUUAAAUCCCAAUCCAAAUUAGGGUUUUGGUGGGAAGACCCUGAUCUAUACCAUUCUUGUGAUGAUAUCUCUGAGUUAAACAUCCUCGAUCGUAUAGAGAGAGUGAAGAAGCAUGUGAUGGCUUGCCUUGAGAAGAAAGAAAAAUUGCAAUCUGUUUCAAACACCGAACAAAACCCUAUCACUUGUUCUCUCGACGAGCAUUGUGAUCGGGGUUUUGAUCUAAACUCUAGCCCUUCUACAUAG